GAUUAGUUAUGUCGCUUUUGUUGUUUACUCGCUGCUUAUUUUUGACCAGUUAAUUGCCGUGCAGACCAAAAAAAAAAAAAUCAAGGAAAAAACUACGAAAAUUUAAUCAAAAAAUCACGAAAAUUAUCACGGCAAAGUAAGGAUUAAGAGAAAGAGCAAUCGAAUCAAGAAGUUAGAGCCCGCCAUCGACAUAGCCAAGGACAUCGAAAAACCCAAGCAACUAAUAGUCGCGACUCAGCGCACAAACCCCUCGAUGUCCGCGGGUGUGGGAGGCGGAGGGAGCAUAACCACAGAUCAUCAUAGCCGUUUGUAUUUCCUCAAUUCGCCAACGGCGCCACUAACCGCACGCGAUCCAUUUUUCAUCAAGCCAGAAUACCUCAGCUAUGACAGUCCCAUGCACCAUCUGUAUCCCAGUAAUCGGGGUCUUAUAGAAUAUAAUAAUUAUACGACAGUCGCUGCCGCCGGGGCAACAGCAGCAGCUGCAGCGGCAGCCGCAUCAGCUGGCAGUGGGAGUGGUAGUGCAGCGGCAGCAGCAGCAGCAGCAGCAGGAGCAGCAAAUAGUGCCACAGUUGCGGCCGUCUUGAAUUUGGAACAAACGUUUCAACAGCAGCAGCAGCAACAACAACAAGCGAAUCCACACCAGCAACAGCAGCAGCAGGGUCAUCCGCAGGAUAGCAGCAACUCUGGCGGACAGCAUCAACAGGCGACGCAUCCCCUGCAUCAUCAUUUAUCAACUGGCGUUGUCGUUGUCGGCGGAAGCGGUGUCAGUGGUAUACAUCACCAUUCGGCGCAUUCAUCGCAAUCGUCGAGAGCUCAGAAGGCGGCACGUAGACGUAGUAACGAAUCUGUCGAAGCACGCGAACGACGCUUGGAGCGGAACGCGGCACGAAUGCGGGAUAAACGGUCCAAGGAAUCGGAGGCGGAGUAUCGGGUGCGUCUGGCCAAGAAUGCUGAGGCGAAUCGCGUCCGCCGCCAGAACGAAACGGACGUACAAAGAACCCUAAGACUGAUGAAGAAUGCGGCACGCCAGCGACUGCGACGAGCAAGUGAAUCGAAUGAUGAGCGUAAGAAGCGUUUGGCCAAGGCGGCUGAACGAAUGCGUGUAUCCCGGGCAAGUGCACCAAAGGUGAUCAAACCGCCAUUAGCAGAUAGGCUCAAGGGAUACUGAACACGCCCGUUGGACGAAUGAGAAUGGAUCAAACUAAAGAAGGAAAAACAAAAACAAACAAAAAAACACACACAAAAAUGGUGGAGCAGAUAGGAGCAAAAGGAGGAGGAGAGGAAUCGGCUUGGAGCUGGCUCCAGGCUCCACAAUUUACAUGGGAGAGCGGUGUCUAUAAAUAAUUAUAUUUGAGAAAAGUAACAAAAAAAACCCAAGGGAUAGUUUCAGGAGUCACUUGGAGGCACUUUUAGCUGUUAGGGCCCUGGUAAAUUUUUUUUAAGUUAACA